UCUCUUUCUCCAGGAAAUUGCAGCUCUUAGUUCGGGUCCCAUGGCGGGGGAGCAGCUGGCGCGGGUGACCAAGAGCCUGGAGGUUUUGGAGGAGGAGCUGAAGAGCCUGGCAGACAUGGCAGGGUCCCUGGAGCCCAGGGAGGCCAAGGAAAGCGCUCGGCAGGCGCUGCAGAGCUUGCAGGCCCUGGAAAACGACCUCCAAGCCACGCGGGAAGGCGCUAGCGGGGCCGACCCGGCGCAGUGCCAGUCGCUGACCAAACGUCUGGCGGACGCGAGCGCCAAGGCCUCAAGGUUGCGGGCCACGGCCUCCAACAAGCACGCACAGGUUAUGGAGCCCCUCCGCGCCGAGGUGGCUCAAGCGAUCCUCUCGCGGCUGGCAAAGAUGAGGAAAAAGGAGGAGGACCUGGACAUUUUCAGCCUGGCGGAUCAGGAUCAGGAUGGCUUUGUGUCCCGGAAGGAGUUCCGCAACUUCAUGAACGACUGCCCUGGCAACUUCUCCAGAGAUCAGCUUAACAAGCUCUUCGACUAUUUGGACGAUGCUUGUUCUGGCCACUUGCAGCGGGACGAGUUCAUGCGCUGCGCCGUAGUGUUCUACCGGGUGUCGCGCCCCAGUGUGGAUCUGGUGCAAACCAUGGGAAUGGCGCAGGGCAAGCUGGUGCGCAAGUUGGAUGUCAACGAGAUCUUGGAGCUUCUUGAAGGUCCCAUCAAGGAGAUCAACAAGGUGGUGCGGGUGAAGUGCCGGGCCAUGCGGGACGGGUCGGUGGGCUGGGCCACGGCCACGGGCUCCAACGGGGUGGUCUUCGUGGAGCAGAAGCGGGUGCACUUCCAGGUGAAGACCUCCACCACAUUGACGGAUUUGCUGUCGGCCAAGGCUUGCGCCACCCUGCGGCCGCUGAAGGCUCCACUCUUUCGUUUUUUGGGGGUGGGUCGUCGCCCCAUCCGCUGA